AUGAACGCUGUGUUGUGCCUGUUCACUGUCUUCAUCCCAUUUCUGUAUGCAACUAGCGGCUGUUCCAAGAAUCGUUUUGACAGACAGGUGACGUUGGACAGUCAAAAAGCAAGGGAACUUCCCUCAAGCACACAGGCGUCUCCAGAUAAAAGGGUAUGUGCUGCUCUUUGUGCAAAGGAGGGUCUCUGUACUGCUUUCACCUACUUUGAUGGCAAUUGCAGCAUGUACAGAUCUACUCUCACAUCCUACGGGAAAUCUCUCCCUGGAGCUAGACACUUCAUCAAGGCAGGAGCGAUUCCUGAUCCAGACCUCUGUCCUGUAUCUGAGGGCUACACGUCCGUGUUGUCUCCACGGCUGUGUUACAAGUACAUAUCAAGCGCCAACAACUGGACUCAUCAAGAUGAUCUAUGUCAGGCUGAUGGUGGUCGCCUUGUCGUCCUCAACAGUCGGGACAAACAGAAGUUCAUGACCUCAUUCCGCGGUCAAGCUGAUGUCUCAAACGUUGUGUUUGUUGGAAUGCAGCGUGUCAACAACGUAUUUACCUGGAAGGACGGUUCCACCUAUACCUGGAAGUGGGCGCCUAGUCAACCUGACAACGCCACUGGCGAUGAGAACUGCUACGAAAUUCUAAGUAAGAAAACAGACAGUCAUCGACGUGAGCGGGGCCAGCAGGGUAGAGACACUGUAGACAGUCAUCGGCGUGAGCGGGACCAGCAGGGUAGACACACUGUAGACGGUCAUCAACGUCAGCGGGUCCAGCAGGGUACGGACACUGUAGACGGUCAUCGACGUGAGCGGGACCAGCAGGGUACAGACACUGUAGACAGUCAUCGACGUCAGCGGGAUCAGCAGGGUAGAGACACUGUAGACAGUCAUCGACGUCAGCGGGAUCAGCAGGGUACAGACACUGUAGACAGUCAUCGACGUCAGCGGGAUCAGCAAGGUAGAGACACUGUAGACAGUCAUCGACGUCAGCGGGACCAGCAAGGUAGAGACACUGGUACAGACACUGUAGACAGUCAUCAACAUGAGCGGGACCAGCAGGGUACAGACACUGUAGACAGUCAUCAACAUGAGCGGGACCAGCAGGGUACAGACACUGUAGACAGUCAUCGGCGUCAGCGGGUCCAGCAGGGUAGAGACACUGUAGACAGUCAUCAACAUGAGAGGGUCCAGCAGGGGACAGACACUGUAGACAGUCAUCGACGUGAGCGGGACCAGUCAGGUAGAGACACUGUAGACAGUCAUCGAUUUGAGCGGGACCAGUCAGGUAGAGACACUAUAGACAGUUAUCGACAGUGGGACCAGCAGGGCAGAGACACUGUAGACAGUCAUCGACGUCAGCGGGAUCAGCAGGGUAGAGACACUGUAGACAGUCAUCGACGUCAGCGGGAUCAGCAGGGUAGAGACACUGUAGACAGUCAUCGACGUAAGCGGGACCAGCAGGGUAGAGACACUGUAGACAGUCAUCGACGUGAGUGGGACCAGUCAGGUAGAGACACUGUAGACAGUCAUCGACGUCAGCGGGACCAGCAGGGUAGAGACACUGUAGACAGUCAUCAACGUGCGCGGGACCAGCAAGGUAGAGACACUGUAGACAGUCAUCAACAUGAGAGGGUCCAGCAGGGUAGAGACACUGUAGACAGUCAUCGGCGUCAGCGGGUCCAGCAGGGUAGAGACACUGUAGACAGUCAUCGACGUCAGUGGGACCAGUCAGGUAGAGACACUAUAGACAGUCAUCGACGUGAGCGGGACCAGCAGGGUACAGACACUGUAGACAGUCAUCAACAUGAGAGGGUCCAGCAGGGUACAGACACUGUAGACAGUCAUCGGCGUCAGUGGGACCAGUCAGGUAGAGACACUAUAGACAGUCAUCGACGUCAGCGGGAUCAGCAGGGUAGAGACACUGUAGACAGUCAUCGACGUCAGUGGGACCAGUCAGGUAGAGACACUAUAGACAGUCAUCGACUUCAGCGGGACCAGCAGGGUAGAGACACUGUAGACAGUCAUCGACGUAAGCGGGACCAGCAGGGUAGAGACACUGUAGACAGUCAUCGAUUUGAGCGGGACCAGUCAGGUAGAGACACUAUAGACAGUUAUCGACAGUGGGACCAGCAGGGUAGAGACACUGUAGACAGUCAUCGACGUCAGCGGGAUCAGCAGGGUAGAGACACUGUAGACAGUCAUCGACGUCAGCGGGAUCAGCAGGGUAGAGACACUGUAGACAGUCAUCGACGUAAGCGGGACCAGCAGGGUACAGACACUGUAGACAGUCAUCGACGUGAGUGGGACCAGCAGGGUACGGACACUGUAGACAGUCAUCGACGUGAGUGGGACCAGCAGGGUACGGACACUGUAGACAGUCAUCGACGUAAGCGGGGCCAGCAGGGUACAGACACUGUAGACAGUUAUCGACAGUGGGACCAGCAGGGUAGAGACACUGUAGACAGUCAUCGAUUUGAGCGGGACCAGUCGGGUAGAGACACUGUAGACAGUCAUCGAUUUGAGUGGGACCAGCAGGGUAGAGACACUGUAGACAGUCAUCGACUCGAGCGGCAUCAGCAGGCACCCCUUCGUGUAGUCAAAUGUGCCCCAAGCUUCCAGGCUAAAGAAAUAACAGCCAAUAAAAAGGGAAAUGUCUAUGAUUAUAGGAAACUUCACUCAGUUGAAAAUACAGAUAACAUUUCGCCCCCUCCAAAGUGUAAGAAAUACUACUGA